AUGAGCUACAAAAGCAUGGAGUCUUCUUCUUCAACUGUCUCGUUUGCUGUGAUCCUCUCAGGAUGUGCCUUCCUGAUUAUGGUCACUGCCACGCCGGUCCUCUUCUAUACCAUGAGUGAUAUGACUUCUCAAUUGGAAUCUGCGAAAAAUGGAUUCCAGGAAACCUCAAAUGUUCUCUGGAAGGAGUUGGUCACCAACGAGAGCUCAAGACGAUUUGCCAGACAGACAUAUAAAGAAGGAGGUUCUGCUGCUGGUGGAACACCUACUGAUGCCCCAGUAGUUGCAAACGCUCCAGAAAUUUCUGUGGUUAUCGAUAACACUUGCCCACCAGGACCAAAGGGUGAGGAUGGAGCCGCCGGAGAACCAGGAACUGAUGGAACUGAUGGAACACCAGGAAAAGACGGUCAACCAGGAAGAAAUGAACAAGCCGCCAGCACAUCUGGAGACCUUUGCACCGCUUGCCCAGCUGGACCACCAGGAGUCGCUGGAUACAAAGGAAAGCGUGGAUCUCGUGGAGAAAAGGGAGAUAAGGGAGCACCAGGAAACGCUGGGCGUGACGGAGCACCAGGAGAUGACGGACCAGAAGGAGACCACGGACAUCCAGGACCAAUGGGACCACCAGGAGAAAGAGGAAACGCUGGAGCCGACGGAAAAGGAUUCGCUAAGGGAGCGCCAGGACCAAAGGGACCAACUGGAAUGGAUGGACUUCCAGGAGAUGAAGGACUUCCAGGAGAGCGUGGAGAGGAUGGAGCUGGUGGAGCACAAGGAGAGCAAGGACCACAAGGAUCACAAGGAGAAAAGGGAGCUGAUGGAUUCCCAGGACUUCCAGGAGCUGCUGGAGCUUCAGGAGAAGAUGCUGCCUACUGCCCAUGCCCAUCAAGAAAGGGAGACGUCGCCGGAGGAGGUGGUGGAUACGCCGCACCAACUGGAGCUGAAUUCGAAGGAGCACCAGUGGGAGGAGGAGCACCUGCUGACGUUGCCUCUCCAGCUGUUCCAAAUGAUACAUCUGCUGAAGGUGCAGGAGCUCCGGUUGAAACCAUCUCAACCAACGGAGAAGCAUUGUCCACCGAAGCAGCACCAGAAGCCGCUCCAGCACCAGCAGCUGAAGGAGAAGGAACACCAGCAGGAGGAUCAGAUUCAGAAACAUAUGCUGGAAAAAGUGCUGGAGAAGGAGCCCCAGCUGGAGCAGGAGGAGGAGAGACACCAGCCGGAGGAUCUGGCGAUGUUACCUAUCCAACUAAGAACCGAGCUCGUUUUACCGCUCGUCAACGUGAUGCUUCUCGCAUUAGCAGAACUUUCUAA